AUGGCGGCGGCCGCGGGCUGCCUUGGGGCCGUGGGGCUGCAGUUCUGGGCCCGCUCGCUGCAGGCGCUGCCCGCGCUGCUCGCCCCCGCCGUGCUGCUGGGGCUGCUGCUGGGCGCCGCCGCCGCCGCCCUGAUCUGCCGCUGCGCGCUCGGGGCGCGGAGAGAGAAGGGUGAUUCCCAGAGACUUCUGGAAAGCUUCAGCUCUGAUGAAAAAGAACACACACUCAUGAGAAGUAAAGCAGAACCCUAUACAUCAAAAAAGGAAAUGGUGCUGGAGGAAGUUGAGUCUCCUCUGAACAGUAACGUCACGACAUUUGCAUUAAAGGCAAAAGUGGUCUAUCCCAUCAAUCAGAAAUUUCGGCCCUUGGCAGAUGGCUCAUCCAACCCAUCUUUGCAUGAGAAUCCAAAGCAGUCGGUUCUGCCUAAUCAGGUCAUGGAGACAUCUACAUCGGGCAGCCUGGGAUCCCUGAGCCAGGGAGACAAGGAGGACUGCAGUUCCUCCACAACAAUACAUUCCACAACAAGUGAUGACAGAUUUCAGGCUCGAGCUUUCCUCAAGGUGACCAGCUUCCCUGAAGUGUUAACAUGUGAGAGUUUUGAUGUUAAGCUCUGCCUUUGCAGUCUUAUUUUAAAAGAUCUCAUGCUUCUUGAUACUGAACUCAGAAGAGAAAAACAUAUGAUGUCCAUUCAGGUUCUCAAAAUAUACCUCACAGACUUUUGUCAUAAAAAGAAGAUCACUGAUGAUUUAUUCAAGAAGGUCCUUUUAAUUCUGGAAAAUGAUUUUGAAGACUUAUGGAAACAACUUGACUCUAGACUCCAGAAUACUGAUAUGUUCGGAGCCCAUAACUCCGAGUACCAGACUGUAGAAGACUUAGAAAGGAAAGAAAAGGAAUAUUCUCAGCACAUAAUAGAUAAUAUGGAAGCUUUCUGGAAGCUGAUUGACAAAGCCCAGCAGGCUUUUUUGGACCACUCAAAAUGCUCAUGUGCAAAAGCAAUGAAGAUAGCGAAGAAUCUGGCUGAGAAGAUGAUUGCGGUAGAAAGCUUAUUAAGUGAAUCUCAAGAUUUGCAGGCAAUGGACAUUCAGGAAAGGUUAUUCAACUGGGAGCUUAUGGUGAAAAUGAUCAAUUUACUUAAGUCCUAUAUACCAGAAGAGUGCAAGUGUAGAUUAAAUAUUGUAUCAAAUAUUCUGGACCAUUUAACUGUAAAGAAUAAUCUCUCAGUCCGACAAAAGGAAGAACUUCUAACGGAUCUGCACAAGGCCUUCUGGGAACAGCUAGCGCAUUUCACUAAUGAAAGUAUGCAGCAAAGUAAAGACCUGAUCUUGAAACGACUGGAGUGCCGUGCAAAGAAGAGAGAAGAGAACAAACACAAGAAGGAAGCUGAACAAGAGAGUCUCUUCAGUAAAUCUUUUCAUAUUGAAAAUGUUCAUGAUUUUCUUAAGGCUUACCAUGAGCUGUUAGAGAGGCAUCGGCAAGCGCAGUGGGAACUGGAGGAAGAGGAUGACUGUGAGAGCACAGAGGCUGUUGCAGAUCUCUACAAGGAGCUGUACUGUAAAGCUUCCCAUGCUUUAGCAGAGUUGGUGACGGAGUUAUUUCUUCAGACCCUGCCUGUUGUGACUGGCCUGUCUGUAAGAGAAUGUGAGCUACUGAAAGGGGAGUGGCAGGAGACCUUGGUCCCUCAGCUGGAGAAAUGGGAGACCCACCGCCAGAGACGCUGGAAGCUUUUCCAGGAACAGCUAUUGCAAGAAAAAAAACUAUGGAUAAAGGAAUAUGCUCUGUCUUCUGUGAUGCAAAAGCACCUGUCUGAGAAACAAGAGAAUAUAAUUCAAGGUGUUGUAAGCAGACUAGGAUGCCUCAGUGAUGAGUCUGUUAACUAUAUAUUGCAAAAGCACCGACUUCUGCUAUGUUCAGUACUCACAAGGUUAAGCCUCCGAAGAGCUGGAAUGGCAGCCCUGGCCCGGAUGAAACUAUCCAGGAAGAAGAGCUUGCUUCAGGAACUGAGAGAGCAACAUACUCUGCAGCAAGGAUCGUCCCCCUGCCAGGACGAGGAUCAGUGGCAGCUACAGAAGGCAGUGGAGUCGCACAUUUUGGAAGAGGAGGAGAAGCUUGAAGAAGAAACGCAGCAAACCCAUUUAGAAUUUCACCAGCAGCUAGUCACAGAAAUUCAAGAAGCUCUUCAGUUUCUUCAGCAGCACAUGGAGCAGGUGAUUGGGCAGACGCUGCUCCAGCGUGCCCGACAAGAAGCUGGAAAAAAGAGUUCAGAUAAUGGACAGGACUUCAAGGAGAGACUGGUGGAAGCUGCUGUAGAAAGUGUGUAUGGGACCAGCAAUAAUAUCAAUAGACUGGUGCAAAACUACUAUCAGGAAUUAGGAAAAAUCACAGAAGCCUAUGAAGAGAAAAAGCUUCAACAAUUGAAAGCCUUACAAGCAGAAAGAGAUGAAAGGAACAGGCUUAGGAAGAAACAAGGGAAUGAACUGGCAUUGAAAGAAAAGCAGACCAAAGGCCUCCUGAACGUAUCAUCCACAGUCCAUCAAAGGAUGGUGCUGCAGCAAAAGAAGGUUUUGGCUCAGUUUGAACUGCAGCAGCAAAUUCGUCUGGAGUCUCUGAAAGAGAAGCUGCUGGGACUGCAUCAGCUGGAAACUGAAUUGGAGAAUCAGCUAAUGGAAGCAGAGCAGGACUUUGUGAGUGAGUUGGCUGCACUGGCCCGAGUUCCAAUGGCUGUGAAGAAGAAGCCUUCCAAAAGGAGCAAGCCAGCAGGGGAAAAAACAAACUCUAAAAGAAAGACCUUUCAGUCAUCAGAAUUAACAGACAAAGAUGAUUAUCAUGAAAAUAUUCAAGAGCCGUCUGGACUGACUGCUGGUUUAUACAGAGGGAAUUUACAGGGUCUCCAUGAAGGGGAGACUGAGCCAAGGAAAAACUCAAAGAUGCUAAAAAAAAGAGGCAACAGCAAUGGCUCCCGUUAGAGUUUGGAUGCAAUGUAAUCACCGAGCGGGGUCUCACAUCACCCGAGCGACAUCUCCCUUUGGCUCCUGAGGCUGAGCAGCACUGAAAUGGCUUUUCUUCUCCCUUGGAAAGCAUGGAAAGGUUCAGAUUAUCCCAAAAGCAGGGCAGCAGUGCCCUCUCCUGGUCAGCUAGGGGGUAUUCUCACAGUUACUCCAGUUAAACACUUCGAAUUUUAUGCUGUUUUAACCGCAGUGACAGUAUCUGGAUCCUAAUGCUGAAAGUCUCCUUCCAGUCUCCCUUACCAUAUCAUUUCAUAGUCAUUACAGAGUGCUUUUGUUUUUUCUUUUCUGCCUCUGGCCCCUCAGUUCACUUUAAAUCCAAGUGAUUGCUAAUUUCAAAGCCAACGCAGAACAGUACUGUGAGAAAUGCUCACGAGUCAAAUAGGUAAACUGAGGCACACAUCUUGUGAAGCAACGUUAGUUAUUUAUUAAUUCAUGAUUCCAGUCAUGGGAGCAGCUCGUAACAGGAAGAAAAGUGCUCAAUCUUUGUCAAAAAAACCCACAGUCUUUAUACUGUUCAUGUCAAAGGAAGACCACCCUCUCCCAAAGCUUGCAACCUAUCCUAAAGCUAUUAUAAGGCUGUUACUAGACUGAUUUUUACAUAUUAAAUUUCUUACCCAAUCUGUUGUUUAUAAGUCCAUUCUUAAGCAUAUCCUAUAUUGUAUUGUACCAGAAGGGUAACAGAUGAUAUUUCUUAUCUGUUUUUUUCUACAAACUACUUGUUCAGCCAUUUCUUAGUGAAAAACAGUUUAUGUAAUCAUAUUUUGCAUAUUUUAUCUGUUAUAAAUUCAAUUCAGCGAAGCCCUCCAUUUUAAUGCUUAAACUUCCAUUUUGUAAAAACACAAGUAGCCGCACUCUCACAAUACUGAACACAAGAAUUUUUGGGGGAUGCUGUGAAGUACUUUAUCACCAGCUGAACAGGCACAACAUUGCAACAGUCACAGAUUUUGGCACAGGAGUUGCAAUUAGUCAUCAGAAAGAAAAGAUUCUUGCCAUGAAAUGGUCAAGUCACUGGAACAGGUAGUUCAGAGAUGAGAAUAUAUGUUCUUAGAGAGUUUCAACACUCAGUUGCACAAGAUCCUGAUCAGCCUGAUUUUUAAGUUAGCCCUGCUUUAAGCAGAAGGCUGGGCUUAGGUGAUACGUCUUCCAACCUAAAUCUGUCCAUGAUUCUAAUACUCCUUCUUGCUGAUCUGUUACUGAAAUGUUCAAUGUGUGUGUGUUGUCUCUCCCACCACCCUCGCCUCUUACACCUUCCGUGUGUUAUAAGGGAUGGUAGAAAUUCCUUGUGAGCCAGGGAUUGUGCCUAGAGAGUCCCUGGGAGAUUUUGGCAGCUGAAAGCAGUCUCUAGCACAGUGGAGGUCAGCUAGGGAGUAAAAAGAGGAUACCUAGGUGUCAACCAUAGCUCAAAACACUUGCUUUAUACUAUUAAUCUAUAAAGCACUCUUUCUGUAGUUUAUUCAGGAGAGGCUCACAAGAAGCUUUGAUCGUGCUUUACAUGAUCUUUAUUACACAUCAAAAAUACUUGCAGAAAUAUAGGGGGAAAGUGCCGUGCUCUUUUUCUCCUAUUUUUAACACCAAGUCUAACAGCCAUUGCAACUGUUCAUGAUUGUGUUCAACCUCAUUCGCAGCUUUAUGACAAGGUUGUAGCUCAAACAAAUUCUAGGCAUGGUGUUAAGAGUUGUUUUGAAAUAAUCAAAAUAGCCCAUCUCAGUGGUGUCUGCUGUAGAAAAAUGUGAAAAGCUUUGUCAUGCAGAAGUCUUGCUGAAAGGCAGCGUGGACCACACUGAAGAGGUGUGCAACUUAAAAGAAGUGUACUUGGGACCUUCAGGCUGGUGCCAGCUCCUGUGCAAUAUAGGCAGUUUUGAUUCCUGAUGUAAACAAGCACUCCUAAUUAUGUCACACGUAGUGGUCCUUUUGUCCAGCCUGUGCGCAGUGUAAGCCAAUAUCAGGGCAAGCACAAGGUUCACACUUUCACCCACUCCAUCAUGUUGGUUGCAGCAGCCUUUGGGAGGCAUUCAGGCAUCUUUACAUACAACAGCUUUUUCAGUUGUGUUUCUUCAAGCUAAACAAAUACUUCUUCUAUGUGUUCAGCAGAAAGUAUAAAGGGAUUAGCACACAAGUGCCCAGCUUGGCCCGUGCUGUCUGGGACCUGCCUCUGCACUGGGAGGGUCCUGGUCUCAGCACCCUCACAGCUGUGGCCACUGAUGCACUGCAGAGCAUCAGAGAGGGGACAAGAUUCUGGACCCUGACAGCUGAAGACUUUUAGAAAGAAGUAGUAGUCACUGAUGUACUUGCAAGUUGGUUUACUUGCAGUUGUUUGGAAGCUGCUGCUAAACAUAAAGCUUUUUAAGUCGUGUAUGACUAUGUGACUAUACAUUUUCAGUCUUGCAUGUCCGUCUUGCUGUGCUAGAAAAAAUUAAGAGACUCUGCAGUUGGUGAGGGGGUGGGGAAAGCAGGGCUGACAUGCCAAGACCUAACUACUUUACCCAUAUCACUGGGUUCAUUUUCAAAUAAACAACUCUUAAGAGCCAUUUUUACGUCAUUAGGACUGUAUCGGGAAUUACAAGGUCAUAGCCCUGCUGCAAAUUUUCAGAAGCUUGAAAAUUCAAAAAGCAUGAAAGCUUUGCAUUGCUUUCUUCUUGUAGAUGAGGUAAGAGCAGCUCCUCAGCCACAAGUUCACAAAUUGGACAUCUCCCAGCAUGUUGCUCUUACAAGAAGUAAACUCAAGUAUAGUUUCCUAUUCUGUAGGUGUAUUCAGGAUUGCCAGCUAGUCCACAUUUUGUUUACGCUUACUGUUUCAUUUUUUAAAGGACAGGUUAGUGAUGUAGGUGUAGGGGUGUUGCUGUGAAAUAGGCCUCCAGGUGGUCAAAACAGCACCACUAACCUUGCUUGGUUCAGCCCCACUGCGAGCAUGGCAUAGCAUGAUCCAACUUUCCAAUGGUGUAUUACAACAACCGUCCAAGUGAGGCAUCCUUCAUCUCACCUGGUGACCAUGCAGUACCUGUGCUCCAAAACAGUGCUGCUUAAAUCACAUCCAGGUAGUAUUGCAUGUCCAGAGUAGAGAGACUCAGGCACAGGACAGGAUCCACAGGCUGUCCUUCAGCAGCAGCACAGGAGCAGCAGUCUGGUUGUGGGAGCUUAUACACAUCAUAGGUGCAGUAGCCAGGUGCUUUAGGUUAGGAUAUUGUUUAGCAUAUAGCAAAAGCGGAAGCUGUCAAUGCCAGCUGCAUGAUCCCAUCUGUCACCUCAGGCAUGAAUAGCUUUGUAGAGGGAGUAAACUUACUUUGAGGGGAGUACCCAUUGCUACUUGCAAAAACAUAUGCAAGAAAACCAUUAAGGAAACUGUAACAAGCAAUUAAAAAAUUUUCACAUUGUGUCAAAUUUACUGCAUAGUUUCACAAACCAUCUUUAUAUUGUCCAAGCUAGAUGGUCAGAACUGUUGCUGGCUCUGUCAACACUCAGAUCGAAUGGAUUGGAAUAGGACAGUAGAGAUGGAGAGCGCAUUUCAGGAUGGCCUUUCCUGCUAGGUUGUUAGUUACUCCAGGGCAGGUUGUCCUCUGGCUUUUUUUCCUGCUAGCAGUAUUUUAUUUCAUGUAAAAAGCAUGAACUACCAAGUGAACAAGGAAGCGUAAGUAUAAGGACACUCUACAGGCAAUAGGAAACAAAUUUGAAUCCUUAGCUGGAGUUGUUCAUGAAAAGCUUUAUUUUUCUCUUAUUUGGGGAGCAAUCAAUUCACUUCAGGCUGAACUGCAGUGCUUCUUUACUGGUUCAGAUCAAAGGCAAAGCAAAAGCUGGCUAUUCAGACCAGGUCUGCUGCCAGCUUUUCAGACCAAGCUGAUCAGAAUGGAGUUUCCCAGGAUAGCGAUUCCUUUUCCAGGCAAGCUGGAGGUAAUGGCAUACUGGCUUCAGAAUAAGAUGACAGACUUCAGGUAGGCUACUUUCCAAAACUUUUAUGUCCUACGUGACCUAACAUACCCCACAUGCCCUGGGCCAAGAAGACAUCUGAUUACUCCGAGGAAAGGAUGAACAGGUGCUAAAUGGUCAGGCAUCACAACUACAUAAAACCAUUCCACUGGCACCAUGCUGCUACGAGACUUUUCCUGGUGCAGCUUUGUAGUGUGGACAAAGGUAAAGUGGCACAAGGCCAUGGGGAGGCAUUUCGCAGUGUGCUUAAUUUUGUAGCACCCCACCCUCCAGCACAGCCCGUACCUCCCACAACAUCUUCAACACAAUCAGAGAAGUAAAAAGCAAUAGAGAAGGUUUCUUUACAUAGUUUGUGAGAGCCAGAAAGACAAGGAGAAAGCAUUUCUUUCACAGAAAGGAAAGAUUCAGGUCCACUUUCCUCACUUUACCUGCAGAGUCUUGAUCCUGAACACUGCUGUAGUUCAGUCAGCAGAGAAAUUAGCUUAGGUCAAAGCAGAGCACUGAAUACUGGUCCUGUACUAGAAAAGCUCAUGGCACUCAAUUACAAUUUCAAGCAAAUCAGAUGCAGACCUGAAGGUAUUCAGAGAAAGCCAAUUUAUGUCUUAAUUGCAAAAACUAAGGCAGCUGCAAUGUCAAUACUAAGCACAUACUUACUGUUAUCUCUAUUUAAUUAAGACUGAUGAUGGCAUGCAUAUGC